GACGUCAUUUGGGACACCCAUAUAGCCCGCAUGCAAUAAAAUGUCAGUAGACUUUUGCAAUUGGUCGACGUGGUGAAAAUUUUCUGUUUUUAUUGUAUUACGAAGUUAGUGUUUUGCGGUAUUGCUAUACAAAAACUACAUUGUAAAUACUAAUUUGCAAGUGCAGUUAAAAAAUAGUGAAUUCCUGUUGCAAUUGCUGGAAAAAAUGGCAAAACUUGUAUAUGUUUAUCGCUCGGAAGAGGAAAGUGUCAAAAAUAUUUCUCGACGGCAACUCCCGCUUGUUGUUGAGGACAAUUUGAUGAUGCUAAUGGACUUGAAUGCAAAAGGACUGGUGUUUGAUCAUCCAACUGUGAGAGGUCGUGACCUGGAAGAGUUUUUGCGGAAAUAUGCUAUCUUAACCCAGGAGGAAUUUAAGAAGUCUCUGCAAGUAUCAUGUGAUGAAUUUACUGCGGUCUUAAGCCAAAGUGUCCCAUGUGUUGGAUGUCGUAGGAAUGUGGAGAGGCUCUUUAUGCAGAUGAAACAGUGCGAGUUUCCAACUUUGGACCCCCUUGUAAUUACCGCCAGUGGUGUUUUAACGGUGUCAGAUGAGAAGGCAGCUACCCCCGUAGCCAUCUGCACCCUUCUACACAAUCACAAUGUUUUACUCAAUAAUUUGAUUGAUAAUAUGCCAAGGAGCAAAAAGAGCUCUCGAUGUGGACUCCAUUCUCUCGAUACCUACAGAUCUCGUCCAUUUUCCGAGCUAUGGCGAGAUGUGUGGUGCUGCAUGAAACAACAAUGUCGAGAGGAAGUUGUUAUAAUUGAUUCUCAAGAGCUCCAAGAAACCCUUGAUGGUUAUCUAAAAAAACAUAAAUUCUGCCAAGAUUGUCGCACCAAAGUAGAAAAGGCGUAUACAUUUCUGAUCACAGAAAAAAAUCCAUCGAAGGAAAAGGGUUUUGUUGCUGCCCUAUAUGCAGGGAUUAAACGUUGUCCAGAUGAGAAACAUAUCCAUUUGCAGACAAAAGCAGAUUACAUUGAUGAACUGAUAAAAAGAGCUGAGCCCGAACUCAAUGGAAAUGGAUCACGGCACCGUGAACGUCAUGCAAAGACAAUGGAAAUUGCACAGGAGGAAGUAUUAACAUGCAUUGGGAUGUGCAUAUAUGAGAGACUCCGUCGCAUUCAUAUGGUUCUAAAGGAAGAAGAAAAUGCUUGCCAAGUCUUGGCUGCAGUUUCUGUUCACUGUCUCUGCCGUAGCUUUGACAUGGCAGUGGAGAAAAAGCGCGGCAAGAGUAAUCUGGAAUUACUAUAUGAAGAGAUAAGCCGCGCGGAAAAGGUCAAGGAGCAACGUAGAGAGCAGAAAAAGCAAAAGAAGAAGCGGAAGAAGAAUGAGAAGAAGGGUUUAGCAUCAUGUCGUCCCUGUAGUGAAGCAAAGGAUGAAGAUGAUGAAUAUGAUUCCCGUUCUUUGAUGUCUGCAGAGCACAUUGAUCGAGAAGAAGAUGACAAACACCAUGAACAUCAUUCCGAACUUGAGAAAACCAAAUGCAAAAUCGUGAAAAGUAAAGAUGUUCCCGAAGCGCACGAAGAUGAUAACGAUAUAAAGAGAAAAAAGAAGAUUGCCAAAGAAACGUGCAACAGGAAAAGAACAAAUACAACUAAUUAUUCUAUUAAUAAUGGAAAGGAAAGUGUUGCAGGAGAUGUUAAAGAUGUUAGGGAUGAAGAAAUUACCACAGUUUCAUGUCAUUCCUGUGAAACCAAUAUCUGUAUCCAGUCUAUUGAUGGUGGAUAUGUGUCAGAGCCAUCCACACAUGAGGGUGCGUGUUCAUCUAUUCUUUCAUCAAGUGCACAUUCUGGAAUUUCUAGUUUGUCUAGCACACCCGAGGGUUCUGAGGUAGCGUGUUCAGAUGGCUUAUGCAACCACGAUCUCACCAAUGCAGCCAAUAAACAUUGUCAUACCCUUUGUGGAGGAACACCGAAACAUAAUUGCAGAAAUAAUAAUAAGAUGCCCGGUAAACAAAAGACACCUGAUUCUUGUGUACGACCCCUAAGUCUUCAAGAAAUGUUGGGUAACCAGUGCGAGAUGGAGGAUGAUGUGGGUGAAGAUGUGAACUAUAUUCCAGAUGAAUUAGUCAAGGAGUUCAAGUUACGACAUGCCAAUUUGAAGCAAGCCCGUGAAGAGAUUCGACAAAAUUUACGCAGAAACUUCGCACAGCUUUGCAUGAAUAGUGUAGUGAAGACGUCGACAGCCAAAUAAAUUAUGUGCAUCCUAUUGGAAAUGAUAAGAAAUAUUGUUUUUUUUUAUGGUGGAAGCUGCUACAUGUAAAAUGUUCAAGCAAAUUAUUCUUCCCUUGAAUUUUAAAGAUGCAAAAAGUCUGUCAAACAAGCGAGUUGUAACUCAAAUUGUAUAAUAUACUUAUAUUGGAAGAGCGAUAAGAUACAAAGUUUAGAAUGAAAAUAAAUCUUAUAAAAUAUUA